UCGACUUUGGCACAGGCGCAAUGCAGCGCUCGGCCCCGGCGCAGGCGUUUGGGUGUUGCUCCCGCCCCGCUUCCUCUACCGCUUCUCCACCGGGCUCGGGUGGGGCCGGGAGGCGGCGAGUGACAGCCACUGCGGGCCGCGGGAGCAGGGCGGGUGGCAGCCAUGUCGGACAGCGGGGCGAGCCGCCUGCGGAGGCAGCUGGAGUCGGGGGGCUUCGAGGCGCGGCUGUACGUGAAGCAACUGUCGCAGCAGUCGGACGGCGACCGCGACCUGCAGGAGCACCGACAGCGGGUGCAGGCGCUGGCGGAGGAGACGGCGCAGAACCUGAAGCGCAACGUCUACCAGAACUACCGGCAGUUCAUCGAGACGGCGCGCGAGAUCUCCUACCUGGAGAGCGAGAUGUACCAGCUGAGCCACUUGCUGACGGAGCAGAAGAGCAGUCUGGAGAGCAUCCCGCUGGCACUGCUGCCCGCCGCUGCCGCGGGCGCAUCCACGGGUGAGGACACGGCGGGCGCGGGACCGCGGGAGCGCGGGGCGGCCCAGGCGGGCUUCCUGCCGGGGCCGGCGGGAGUCCCUCGAGAGGGCCCCGGGACGGGAGAAGAGGGCAAGCAGCGAACGCUCACCACGCUGCUGGAGAAGGUGGAGGGCUGCAGGGACCUGCUGGAGACACCAGGUCAGUACCUUGUGUACAACGGGGACCUGGUGGAAUACGAGGCAGACCAUAUGGCCCAGCUGCAGCGAGUGCAUGGCUUCCUCAUGAACGACUGUCUGCUGGUGGCCACUUGGCUACCACAACGGCGAGGCAUGUACCGCUACAACGCACUCUACCCACUGGACCGCCUGGCUGUGGUCAACGUCAAAGACAAUCCACCUAUGAAAGACAUGUUCAAGCUGCUCAUGUUUCCUGAGAGCCGAAUCUUUCAAGCGGAAAAUGCCAAAAUUAAACGCGAGUGGCUGGAAGUGCUGGAGGAAACCAAGAGGGCGCUCAGCGACAAGAGGAGACGGGAGCAGGAGGAGGCAGCCGCCUUGCGUGCGCCACCACCGGUCACUUCCAAGGGCAGCAACCCGUUUGAGGAUGAGGCCGAGGAGGAACUGGCCACCCCGGAGGCAGAGGAGGAAAAGGUUGACCUUUCCAUGGAGUGGAUCCAGGAGUUGCCGGAAGACCUGGAUGUUUGUAUUGCGCAGAGGGACUUUGAGGGUGCCGUGGACUUGCUGGACAAAUUAAAUCACUAUCUUGAAGAUAAGCCCAGCCCACCUCCUGUGAAAGAGCUGAGGGCCAAAGUGGAUGAACGAGUGCGACAGCUCACCGAGGUGCUUGUGUUUGAGCUCUCGCCAGAUCGCUCUCUGAGAGGUGGCCCUAAGGCUACUCGAAGGGCAGUGUCUCAGCUGAUCCGUCUCGGCCAGUGCACGAAGGCUUGUGAGCUGUUUCUGAGGAACAGGGCGGCAGCUGUGCACACUGCCAUCCGCCAGCUUCGAAUUGAGGGCGCCACUCUGCUCUAUAUUCACAAGCUGUGCCAUGUCUUCUUUACCAGCCUCCUAGAGACUGCACGGGAGUUUGAGACAGACUUUGCAGGCACGGACAGUGGCUGCUACUCUGCCUUUGUGGUCUGGGCAAGGUCUGCCAUGGGCAUGUUCGUGGAUGCUUUCAGCAAGCAGGUUUUUGACAGCAAGGAGAGCCUGUCCACUGCUGCUGAGUGUGUGAAGGUAGCCAAGGAGCACUGCCAGCAGCUGGGAGAGAUUGGGCUGGAUCUCACCUUCAUCAUCCAUGCCCUCCUGGUGAAGGACAUCCAGGGGGCCUUGCUCAGUUACAAGGAGAUUAUCAUUGAAGCCACCAAGCACCGAAACUCGGAGGAGAUGUGGCGUCGGAUGAACCUGAUGACUCCUGAGGCCCUGGGCAAGCUCAAGGAGGAGAUGAGAAGUUGCGGGGUCAGUAACUUUGAGCAGUAUACGGGGGAUGACUGCUGGGUGAACCUGAGCUACACUGUGGUAGCCUUCACCAAGCAGACCAUGGGCUUCCUGGAGGAGGCACUGAAACUGUACUUCCCAGAGCUACACAUGGUGCUCCUGGAGAGUCUGGUGGAAGUCAUACUGGUUGCUGUGCAGCAUGUGGACUACAGCCUGCGCUGUGAGCAGGACCCAGAGAAGAAGGCUUUCAUCCGGCAGAACGCAUCCUUCCUUUACGACACUGUCCUCCCAGUGGUGGAGAGGAGGUUUGAGGAAGGUGUGGGGAAGCCUGCCAAGCAGCUGCAGGACCUUCGGAAUGCGUCGAGACUCCUGCGGGUGAAUCCUGAGAGCACCACGUCUGUGGUCUGAGGCUCUGGUUCGCUGCUGUGUGUGCAUCUGUCUGUCUGUCUGUCUGUAUGUAUGUAUGUAUGUAUGUCUGUCUGUACACACACAUGUACUACAGAUGCAUUGUUUGUAUUCACAUUACACAAUGUCAACACAUUCCUCAGACACAAACAGCAUAUAAAAGUGCCCUCUUAAAAAUGCAGUCAAAAGAAGAAAGAUAAUGUGUUAAGUGCUCCCUCCCGCAUAGAGGGAUUAUUAGAGCACAUACUGUGUUUUUUUUUUAAAACUCUUUAAGGAGUGUAUGGUCACAGCAGCAUUUCAGGUCACUCUUUAACCUGAAACACACUUGUCACAGUAGCACAUCCUGGAACAUUGCACUUCUGUGCUGCCUAGAAAAAUAUGCAAGUCCACAGGGUUUAAGUUGUGAAGCAUUCCAGUUCAACAAAAUGGCUUCUGAACGGUCAUUGCUGUGUAGCGCCACUGUGUCACGUACUCAUGAAGCAAGCCAACUUGGGAAGAAAUGAGUUGGCUUGGGGUAAAUCUGAGUAAGUGGGCCCCAGACUCUUCAGUGUUUGUAGUGUGUGGAAGGAGGCUUUCAUAAACCAGGCAUCCAAAAGUCGGGAAACUGGCGUGUUCCAUGCCUACUGCCUCCUCAGACGCAUCUUUCUGGGGAAUCACAAGGGCUGCAUUGAAUUGUUAACACAUCCCAGAAGUGAGUAGAUUGCCAUGUUCAGGAAGUGAGUCUGGCUGAAGAGCCACACAGAGGAUCCUAGCAGUAGGUGGGUGAGUGACUCCAAGCCCUGCAGACACCUGGGUUUGGAGCCACUGAGACUUCUGGAAAAUGCAGAACUCCCUGUUUGAGUAAUAAGAGUUCUGGGUGUGUGUAGGUUAGGAGUUAAAAAAAAAGAAUGUAAUGUCACUUAAGAAUGCCUGAGAUUCGGUUUCUGUUGUUAUACUGUCUUGAGAUAGGUUUCAGCCCAGACUGGUUUUGAGCUGGCUUUGUAGCCAAGGAUGACCUUGAAUUUCUAAUCCUCCUGACUCCCUUUCCCAAGGCCUGGGAUUACAGGUAUGUGCCACAGCGCCAUUUAUGCUGCAUUGGAGAAUAACCCUAACUUCCCGCAUACUAGGCAAGCACCCUACCUACUGCUACACCCACUGCCCCAGUAGGCUUUUGUAACUUAGUAACUGAGAGGAGAUGGACACACAUCAGGCACAAGGAAGGGAAAACAAGAGUGCACACUUUUCAUCAGAGCGCUGAGGCAGGGGCAGGUGGGUCUCUGAGUUCAAGGCCAGCCUGGUCAACAAGGUGAAUUCUAGGACAGCCAGGGCUCUGUAGAGAGACCCUGCCUUUAAAACAACAUUGAAGAGAAUUCCAGAUUGUAAUACUUGUCUCAGUUGUUCAGUAAAGGGGAAGGUGGGUAGAUGGGAGCCCCUGAGAUUUCUAAACUGAGCUCUGCUCUGAUUGUCUUAGUUCUGUUAGAAUGUGUUGCUCACACCCAUUUUCCACUAGCUUCUAGCUGUGGUUUUGUCCAAGAUGCCAUGUUUUUAUGUCCUUUGGUUCUAAAGGUUAUUCCUUGUCUGAAUAAAAAGGUAGUAAGCCGUCAAAUUACGUAAAACCCCAGAUGGCUUCUGCAGUCAUCCAGGGUUGUUAAACUCUUCAGCUUAACUCAAUUCAGGCCAGCUUUUUCUUCCCCUUUUAUUAGCUCUCCAUUCGUGGAAAGAUUGAUGAGAUCACCAUUACAGAUUUUCACUUUUUCGAUGUUAGGGUUUGUUGUAAAUAAAAGUCUCUGUGAGGACUAAGCUGGCCCUGAACUCAGAGAUCCUCCUGCCUCUGCCUCCCAAGUGCUUGGAUUAAAGCUGCGCUCCACUACGCCUUGCGUAGUUAGAAUUUUCUACAUGACCAUAACUGGAUGUCCCAGCCAAACAAAUAUACUAAUUUCUCUUAGGAUCACUGGAAACUUGAAUUUCAAAGAAUUGUGUGGUUGUGAUGAUUACUUGGUGCCAUUUGGAGUUUAAUAUAUGAAACGCGCUGUGUGGAGAACUCUAUGGCAUAGAGCUGUAAGAAUGCUACAUGUCCCAUAUAAUAAAUGCUGUAUCCUUACGGAAAUGGAA